AUGCAAUAUUUGUUAUUUAUGUUGGUUAUUGCAGUACUAAUUGUUGCUGAUUUUGCUGAAGAAGUGGAUGAACAAGAAAUAGAACGUAUAUUACACAGUGUUGAAAAUAAUAGACUACUGAAUUCUGCCAUUGAUGAUCAAUUUGAACCAACUUAUGCUGAACCUAUGGAUGGAAUAGAUGAACGCUCUUCUUUUAUGCAAUAUCGAGUGAAAAGAGCGCGUGGCGGUUCGAAAGGUAGAGGUGGCAAAGAACAUACAAAAAAUGCACGACCAUCAACUCAACAAAAACAUGAAAAAGGACAAACAAGAAAGGGAAGUGACAAAAAGGGAGGAGAAAAAGGUGAUGCAAGACGUCCAUAUGGCAAAUAA